AGAUACACUUUGAACAACUUGCUGUAAAUAAACGGCAUGGUCACGUGACUCCUCUACGUCACAAAAACCAGGGGGAAGAUGGCGGCCGCCGGAGGAGAAUCUUCUACCACGAAUGUUUCGGAGGAAUUAUUUCAAAACUUUUACACGGAGGUGAAGCAGAUAGAGAAGAGAGACUCUGUGUUGACCAACAAGCAGCAGAUUGACAGACUGCUCAGACCUGGCUCAUCCUACUUCAAUCUCAAUCCCUUUGAGGUGCUCCAAAUUGAUCCCGAGGCAACAGAUGAUGAAUUGAAGAAAAGAUUUCGAGCGUUAUCCAUCUUGGUCCAUCCAGACAAAAAUCAGGAUGAUCCAGACAGAUCGCAGAAAGCCUUUGAAGCCGUGGACAAGGCGUACAAGCUCCUCCUGGAACCAGAUCAGAGGAAGAGAGCCUUGGACGUGAUCCACGCAGGACAGGAAUAUGUGGAGCAUUUUGUAAAAGAGAAAAAGAAACAGCUGAAGAAGGACGGGAAGUCGUUGGAUUUGGAAGAGGACAACCCUGAAGUGUUCAAGCAAGCCGUGUACAAACAGACCAUGAAGCUGUUUGCAGAGCUCGAAAUCAAGAGGAAGGAAAGGGAAGCAAAGGACAUGCAUGAAAGAAAAAGGGCAAGGGAGGAAGAAAUCGAGGCAGCAGAUAAAGUAAAGCGGGAUCGAGAAUGGCAGAAAAACUUUGAGGAAACAAGAGAUGGGCGAGUGGACAGUUGGAGGACCUUCCAGGCUAAAGGAAAAAAGAGCAAGGAGAAAAAGCCCCGGUCCUUCCUCAAACCUCCGAAGGUCAAGAUGGAACAGAGGGAAUGAUAUCGAAAAAUGGGACUUUAUUAGAUUAACACCCACUGUACUAAAAACCCUAGUUCUGUGUCCUUCACCUCGUCGUCUGCAGUCAACUGUGAAGUCGUCACCCGGAUACUUCGUACAACAAAUUCCUCAUCCGACCCUGACAAACGUAGUUUUGUACUUGGUUUUUUAAUGUACAUAUUUGUGAUCUGGACCCGGAGAUCAUACCUGCCUGAUGAUUGAAAGAGAAAAUGAUGUAUCUUCCACUUCUGUAACUGAUGAGAAAAAUGUGCUCUGUCAUUGUUGUUGUCCUUUUUUUUUAACUAAAUAAAGCUUGGUCAUAACAAGCCAA